AUGGAAGGAUCCCGUGCAUUUCAAACAUUGGAGGAAAUAUUUAUGGAUGAGAAUAACUUGAAAACAAAGUUGUUAGAGGCAAAACGAUAUCUGAAAGCAGAUUUUAAGGUACAUUUAGCCAGGCAAACCAAUGUUAUACAGCAUUGUUUGGGAUUUGCACUGAGUGUUCCAGGAAUUGAAUUUCAGCUUCAUUGUCAGCACAUUCAUAGCCAGCAUUGUCAAAGCUGUAUAGACUUAGAUGAAACAUUACAGAAAGUUCUUGAAAAUGCUGAGAAAAAGCAGAUCGAAAAUAAAGAUGCUCUUAUGUUUAAGGUAGAGAAGGCUGUAAAUGAUAUCAAAAACCUCCAAAAACACAUUGUUAGAUCAAAGAACCAAGAAUUUGCCAGGAAGGAUAUAGCUGACAACAUGGAAAUAAAUGAUGUCAUUAUCACAUCAGACUGGGCAAUGAACUUUUUACCAAAACACUAUCGAGAGGGACAGUUAGACAGGUUUGCCAAACGGGGCAUCAACUGGCAUGUGUCUGUCUCCUUGAUAAAACUACAACAUAGAAUGCAAACUUUAACCCAUCUUCACAUCUUCAGCUCACAAACAUCUCAAGAUGCUGCAGUUACUACCGCGGUAAUGACAGAUGUGGUUCAGGACUUGAAGACAAUCCUUCCAAAUCUACAGAAUGUCCACAUAUUUAGUGAUAACGCAGGUUGUUACAAGAGUUCAUUAACAUUGUCAACUCUAAGACAUGACAUUGGGAAAGCACUGGCAUCGUAUAACUUUAGUGAAGCCCAGAAUGGGAAAGGUCCUUGUGAUAGAAGAGCCGCCCAUGCCAAAUUUGUCAUAAAAAGAUUUAUUAAUGAAGGAAGAGACGUCACUUCUGCACUUGAUAUGAAAAAGGCCCUAGAGAAAUUUGGACAAAAAACAUACAGAGUAAGAGUAGUUGACACCGUUUUAGAUCUGGAUGCAGAAAAACAUAAAGAGUCAAUAAAGAAUGUCUCCAAUUUCUACAACUUUAAUUUUGGAGAUGAUGGUUUGAGAAUGUGGCAGGCAUACAACAUUGGUGAAGGGAAAUUGGUGCAGUGGGAUUCCCUCAAGCCAUCUAAGAAUGCUGUGCAGUUAAAGGUCAUCAGUGAUUGGACUGACAUAGCAAUAUCAGAUUCCUAUGAAGCUAAAAACUCGUCAUCAACAACAUAUUAG